ACAAGGUAGAGGCUGAUGAAUAUGAACUCUCUCCAGCCCAUCACCAGCUUCUUCUUCAUCUUCUUUUUUUUCUUUUCUUUUAGCUCUUUGUAAGAAAAAGCUGAGGGUAUUGAAAAGUAGCAAGAAGAGGAACUGUAUGUUUAUUGACAAGAGAGCACAGAAUACUAAAAUAGAAAUGAAGUGAUUGUUUUUCUCUUGUGAUACUAUACGAGAAAAGCUCUUCCUAGAAAAGCCGAUGAUCUCUGAAGAUGCUAAAUAAAUGAGCAGGAGUUUCCCUGAAAUGGAGGCUCCCUUUGAUUGGCUGAUCUUCCCGCGACUCCUGCCAAUCGGAGCACCCCUGGGUUUCAGCUCCAUAAACAUAAGCAAAGCUACAUGCUUAUUCUUCUGGAUUUGGAGUGUAUACCAUUCAAAGGUGUGCGGCGGGUCUCUGUUCACAUGGCUCAACUGGAAACCUGUUUCGUGAGCAAGCUAACUCGGGGACCAUCUGGUAUUCCAGCACAUUGUUCUUCUGGGGGGCAACUCUAAGUCGAUUUGUGGUGGCAGCAGCUUAGAAGCGGUAUUUGUAGUUGGAAAAGAUGGACUUACGGGAGCUUGGUAAUGCAGGUGGUGAAGGAACAGGUUAUGAGAGCGCUUACAACCAAGCCUAGCUCCCUGGACCAGUUCAAGAGCAAAUUGCAGAACCUGAGCUACACCGAGAUCCUGAAAAUCCGCCAGUCUGAGAGGAUGAACCAGGAAGACUUCCAGUCUCGCCCGAUUUUGGAACUAAAGGAGAAGAUCCAGCCAGAAAUCUUAGAGCUGAUCAAACAACAGCGCCUGAACCGCCUCGUGGAAGGGACCUGCUUUAGGAAACUAAAUGCCCGGCGGAGGCAAGACAAGUUUUGGUAUUGUCGGCUUUCACCUAAUCACAAGGUCCUGCAUUAUGGAGACUUGGAAGAAAGUCCUCAGGGAGAAGUGCCCCAUGAUUCCUUGCAGGACAAACUGCCGGUGGCAGAUAUCAAAGCUGUGGUGACGGGAAAGGACUGCCCUCAUAUGAAAGAGAAAGGUGCCCUUAAACAAAACAAGGAGGUGCUUGAACUUGCUUUCUCCAUCUUGUAUGACUCAAACUGCCAGCUGAACUUCAUUGCUCCCGAUAAACACGAGUACUGUAUCUGGACAGAUGGACUGAAUGCGCUACUAGGGAAAGACAUGAUGAGCGACCUGACGCGGAAUGACCUGGAUACACUGCUCAGCAUGGAAAUCAAGCUCCGCCUCCUGGACCUGGAAAACAUCCAGAUCCCUGAUGCGCCUCCACCAAUCCCCAAGGAGCCCAGCAACUAUGACUUCGUCUAUGACUGUAACUGAAGAGGCCAGGCCCAGACACGCCCCUUCCAAAACUGGAAAAGCUAGCUAACAGGAGAGAGGAAUGAAAACACACACGCCUUGGAAUCCUCCUUUGGUAAAGGGAAGCUGUGGGUCAAUACUUCCUUCAGCCUCGCCUCUAGCCCCGGCAUCUUUCGCACCCCCACCUGGUGUCUUGCUCACCUCCCCAACUCUGUUUCUAGGCUCCACUGCUUUCGGUCACUUCCCAUUGCUGCAGUUCACUGGUGGGACAAGAGCAAAGCCCACCACCAGUUAGAGAGCCAAAGGGCCCCUCCAUCCUAGCCCCAGCAAGCAUGCCCUUCCUCCCUGGAGUAGGAAAGCCAGCAGCCCCAAACUGCCCCAAAACUGCCUGCCAGACCAAGGGGAGUGCCCCAAGGCCCCUGUCUGGAAACAGUGGCCUAGCUACCUGAUGGAAGACCAAACACCACGCCCUUCUUUCCCUCCUCUCUAAAGCCAGCUCAUGCCACCAGUUCCAUUUGAAUUGAGAUCUGCUCUCCAAUCUCCUCCUGCCUCCCUCCCUGCUUUUGCCUUGUCCUAUUCCCCUUUGGUCCCAAGAGCAGCAGCAGCAGCAGCAGCCUCAUCGUAGUCCUCUCUAGCAUCCGUCUCCCGAAUAGUCCACAGGUCCCACGCCCACUUUGCAACCGCACUGUGACCGUGACCAACCUGCCCUCCUUGCUAGUGUGAGUCUGGGGUUUCCUCUCCAUACCCAGGCCAGUCCUGCCUUCUUGAUGUUCACACAUGCUCCCAGCCUCUUAGCUGAAAGCACAAAUGGUGAAAUCAGUAGUCAUGCUCCAUCUCUAAUAGACUAAACCUGAAUGCCUCUGUGAUGGGCUGUUGCUAUCCAAGGGUUUGGAGUUACCUUCUCCUGGAGCUCCUGCUGCAACACAGUUUCCACAGGAUGGUCAAGCUGUCAGACAUCCAAGUUUACAUCAUUGUAAUUAUUACUGGUAUUUACAAUUUGCAAGGGUUUGGGGUUAGUUUUUUGUUUUUUGGUUUUUUUGCUUUGUUUUUGUACAAAAGAGUCUAACAUUUUUUGCCAAACAGAUAUAUAUUUAAUGAAAAGAAGAGAUACAUAAAUGUGUGUACUUUCCAGUUUUUUUUAAUUAUUUUAAUCCCAAACAUCUUCCUGAGAAUAACAUUCCCUUAAACAUGCUGUGGAAUAAAAUGGAUUGUGAGGAGUUGG